AUGUCUCAAUCAUCCACAACCGACUUAGAAUUAGGAUACCAGAAGGACCAUUCUCUCUAUUUCUUUGACGGCAACAUUGUCAUCGCCGCCGCUAUACCGGACGAGGAAUGUCUUCUCUUUCGUGUGCACAAAUCGGUGCUUGCAAUGCAUUCCCCAAUUUUCGCCAUCAUGUUCACUUUACCUGCCCCGCCGACCGAGUCCACGGAUCCUGACAGCAUAUUCGAAGGCGUACCCCUCUUGAGAAUGUACGAUGAAGCAAACGAUGUCCGUGAUCUGCUAAGGUUCUUUUACCACUCAACAACAUACAUGCUUAUACGUUAUGAUCCCGAAACACCAAGGAAGGUUGGAGGCCUCCUGCGCCUGGCAAAAAAGUACCAAAUCAACACUUUGUGGGAUAUGGUAGUCGGCCAACUGCAGAAGGACUGGCCACAGACCCUACCAGAAUGGGAGCGCCUUGAAGGCGAGGUUGACCUUUGGCAACGACGUCGCGACGAAGAAAACUGGUCCCCCCUCCCCUGCAGCGACCACGUUUUCCCGGAGCCCGGCUCAGCAAUACAACUGGCGCGCGAAUUCGACCUUCAUAGAAUUUUACCAUCAAUGUUUUACCACCUCUCCCGCCUCGACAUCUCCUGCGACCUUGCACAGAUGGACGACCACCCAGUUCGAGAACGCAUUGAUGACGCCCGGUCACUUGGAGACCGCACCGCAAACUGGUCUUUCUUGACCCUCCAGGACCUCAAAUGUCUGUUGCACGGACGAGAGGGCAUCCGCCAGUUCAUCGAGGAUGAAUCUCACCGGCUCAAUAUGCCGCCCAAUUGCCGCAACUCCAACCCCAAAUGCGACAGGACAACUUUCGACAUAAAGGUACGAAUGCUAGCUCACUCGACCGACGUCUUGAGAGAUCUGAGAGCGCUCUCGGAUGGAGAUCAAGAUGGGAAUGGAAUCGGGAUGUGCAAAGCCUGUCGCAGCACGGUAAAAGCGAUAUCUAAUAAUCUGCGUUUGGAGAUAUGGGAAGGUCUUCCAGAAAAUUUCAAACUUCCAGCUGUUUCCGACGAUGACGAGGACGAAGCGUAG